AUGGCUUCGCUCCUCCUGUUGGCUAGGCUUUCGGCUCUUAUUGUUGCUGGUCUUGUCCUCAUCCGGGCUCUUGCCUUUAAGACGAGCUUCCUCCCUCACUCUUCCUCCCAAGACUACCUAAUCUCUGCUGUAGCUCUCUCUACCCUGAAAAUAAUGUCUAUCCGCGCACAAAUGCAUGCUUCAUCCCUUGUGAUUGGGUUCAUUCUCGUCGGUGGAGAAUGUCCUGAGAGAACCCGGAAUUUAGAAAACAACAAGAAAGGCAAUUUUGGUGCACAAGUGGUUGCCGAGUUCAAGGAAUAUGCAGAAAUCGGUGCAUUUAUUCAUGCGAGCGGUGGCUCUGGCACCUGGGUUUUUUGGGAUUUGGACAAAGUUUCAUGGCAAAAAUGGGAUCAUUGCUAA